AUGCUGUCCUGUCAAACAAAUAUACAUACUGCCAAUGCCCUUUCGGAAAACCACAAAAUGGAUCGUCUUCCUCCAUCACCCUCACCCUCACCCUCACCCUCACCCUCACCCUCACCUCGCCUCCUACGUUGCAAUAGCCAGAAUCCCGCCUCAUCUCCGCCAGCUACAAUAUUAUACAACAAAUCAAACCCCGUCGUCACCAAAUCCCGCUCCACAUCCACCGCUAAACCUCCAACUUAUAAGGAUGCCAAUUUCAUGAUCCACUUUCAGAAUCGGAUGACCAUAAAUACUAAGAAGAAGCCGGCACACAGAAAUAAGAAAACCGCAUGGGCUCUGUCCCCAGGGCGAUCGGCGCCUUGUUCAAAGUCUCCAAGUCCCGUUGGUGGUGGUGGUAGUGGAAUCGGUGGAGUUUUAAACUACUUCAGGCCGAAGAAAGCGUCGUCAGAAGAAGAAGCAGAUCGUCGUUGGUCUAAAUUGAUGAAUAAUCGGCUAUUACAAUGGAGGUUUGCCAAUGCUCGAGCUGAGACCGCCAUGUCCACCCUUCAAAUUGUUGCGCAGAAGAAAGUGUUCAAUGCAUGGAUCAAGAUACUCGCUAUAAGAAAUUCCAACAUGGCAAAGCGAAUGGAAGUGCAAAAGCUCCAAAAUGACAUCAAACUAUAUCAUAUUAUGAACUCGCAGUUAUUCUUGCUAGAAAAAUGGUCGAGAUUGGAGGCUAAAAACUUUGAAGCAAUAGGUCGAGUUGUUAGAAAAUUGUCAGUGGCAUCAGUUAAUAUCCCAUUGGUGGAUGAUUGCAAGGGAGAUGUUUUAGUGGUUUGUGAUGUGAUGGACAACGCCGCACAACUAUUGGAAAAUAUAGAAUCGACAAUUACCAAAUUAUAUUAUCAGGCUGAGAACUCGUGCUAUUUGUUAACCGAGCUUUCCAUUAUUGCCAAACAAGAAAAAGAGUCCUUAACAGAGUUGCAAACAUGGAUGUUCGCCAUCGCAUCAUUAAAGGAAAAAGAAAGAAGCUUGAGAGCUCAUAUAAUCCAAGACAAGUGA